AUGUCGCAAAAUCUCAGAUGUAAGAGCUCAGAGUUGCUGUUUCAGCUUCCUCUAGAAAUCCUUAUCUACCUUUCAAAAUUCUUUCACUCAUCACGAGAUCUGUUUGCGAUGGCCUGCGUUAACAGAAAUUCAAAAGAUUUUUUCCUGCCGUGUCUCUACACCUUCAAUGUUCGCCAUCAAGAAAGCUCCGCGUUGAUCUGGGCCGCUCAAAAUAACAAAAUCGCUCUGGCAAAUCGUUUGCUAAAGGAAUAUCGAGCAAAUGCCAACACGACAGAUAAUAGAUCUCGCACGCCUGUUUUCCACGCUAUUCAAUUUAGAAGUGAAGAAAUGAUUCAAACUCUUUUGGAAAGUGCGGCAGACAUCAAUUGGAAAGAUGACCAAAAGCAGACCCCACUGCUAUAUGCUCUGCAGCGGGGACACCUAUCCUGGCGCCAUUUCAAUCCAUCAGUAAAUUGUAUGGAUUCCAAGGGUCGAAAUGCUAUCCGGUAUGCUGUUGCCAAUUGCGAUGAGGAAUUGGUACGCUUUCUCUUAGAACUGCGAAGCGAUAUAUGGAUGAUGGACUGCCGACAGACUACCACUCUCAGCCUGGCGAUUUCCAAUCGAAAUUUGCCUAUCAUCCAGUUGCUGCUUGAUCAUUCACAAGCUCAUCCUUCACAGCCUCGACUAGUGGACGUCCAUGCUGGAGACCACCCGCUUUGCUUGGCAGUCCAGGCUGGUCUGAAAGAAAUUGCCCAUACUCUGAUCAAAUAUGGUGCAGAUCUCCAUAUCACGGACAGAUACGGCCAGCCCUUGUUGCACCAAGCCGCCAGCAACGGGCAUGAUCGUGUCAUCCGACUGUUGCUGGGCCAUGGAGUCGAUGUCAAUAGUACCGACCCAGGGGGCCACACAGCACUGCAUUUCGCUGCAUUUUAUGGGCACAAGUCAACCACAAAGCUACUUUUGAGCAGGCCUGGAAUUGACAUUGCUGCUUGUGACGGCGAAGGAGCUACAGCUCUCUGUGCGGCCGCCCGUGGAAACCACCGAUCCGUCGCAUUGCACAUCUUGGCCGAGGAGCCAGCCAAUGUCAAUGCACGCUGCCUUGGCCAAAAGACUGCUCUUCACUUUGCGGUUGAAAAUAGAAACGUUCUCCUCGCUUGUCUGCUGGUAGAUUUGGAUUCACUGGACCCAAAAAUCUGCGAUGACCAGGGGUGGACAGCCCUCAGCUACGCGGCGGGCCAGGGCGAUCUGCAGAUGUUGGAGCUCCUCCUUACUCGCACCGAUCUGGAUUUGAAUGUAGAACGAGCAUCUCCCAUUUAUCUUGCUGCCGAAAGAGGACAUUUGGAAGUGGUCCGCCGACUUGUCUCCCUUGAAGAGGUUGAUAUCAAUCAGACUGUCUGGCACAAGUCUCCUCUAUUUAUUGCGAUCGAAAACGGCUACCGUGGUGUUGCAAAGUUGCUUCUUGAACAAGGGUCUCGACUGGAUGUUAAUGCAAAGACCGCUCUUGGGGACACCGCACUGCACAUGGCUGUCUCUUAUGGGAAUCUAGAUAUUGUGGAGCUAUUGCUCAAGGACGAUCGACUAGAUGUCACGGGUACUAAUCGAUAUGGAGAGUCAGCCCUGGAGCUGGCAGCCCGUAAUGGGAAGGAGCACGUUGUCAGGUGUCUUUGGCGCGACCGCCGAGCAAGAAUUGUUUGCCACUUCCGGAGUGCCAUGGAAGCAGCAUCGAAUAUCCGGAUUCUUUAUUUUCUUCAGGGGCAGUUGUUGAGACAUGGAGUGGAACACGGUGGCCGUCGGCCAGCUCGACUUGCCAGAGGAUCAUACCAAUUCACGGAGUCUAGAAGGUCGCCAUCGCUUCGCCGGUCAACACGCAUGUCACAACCGCGCCUUGACAGAUCUUAG